UAGCGGUCGCUGUUGCGGCUCUUCGGGCGGGCGGUGGAGGGAUGUCGCCCAGCACUUAAAACACGGCGACGUGGAAAGUUUGAUCUGAGCGCUUCAAGUUCUCAGCCGCAGCUUUUAGUCCAGAUUUUCAACCCAUUCGACUAAUCUUUAAACUUGGAGAUGGUUCUGUAGCUCGACUGAGCCCGUAUAUUCAGCCUACAGAGUGUGACACCCAGAACCUGCAGAACCGAGCUACAGUAACCACGUACAGUGAAAGUAAUGGACGGAGCGGUGGCGGUUAUUUUAAUUUCUCUCUCGAUGUUCGUGGGAUGUUUUCUGCUCGGACUCAUUCCGGUGCUCUUCAACUUCUCCCAGCAGAAGCUGCAGUUUGUGAGCGUGCUGGGGGCGGGGCUUCUGUGUGGCACCGCCCUCGCCAUCAUCAUCCCAGAGGGAGUGGAGUUGGUGGAGGAGUCAUGGAGAGAUUCGCUCUGCUCUGCUGUCACAGCCAGGCUGAACAGCACAGACUCCAACUCGACCCUGGAGCCGUCUGCGGCGAAAGGCCUGCGUCCACACGUCUUCAUAGGAGCGUCCCUCGUGCUGGGCUUCACUCUGAUGUUUGUGGUCGACCAGAUUGCCAGCUACUGUUCUGCACAAGUCUCGCGACCGAGCCUAUACAACGGCAGCGGCAUCACAGCCACGCUGGGUCUCAUCAUCCAUGCUGCAGCUGACGGCGUCGCUCUUGGUGCAGCUGUGGCUUCUUCUCAAGUGUCAGUUCAGGUUAUUGUGUUCUUCGCUGUGAUUUUGCACAAGGCUCCGGCUGCGUUCGGUCUCGUCUCCUUCCUCUUGCACGCCGGCUUGGAGAAGAGCACAAUUCAGAAGCAUUUACUGGCUUUCUCGGCUGCAGCUCCACUGCUGGCUGUUAGCACCUACUUCAUCCUGAUCAUGACCGGUGGGUCACCACAGCACCGCCUCAGCGCUACAGGGAUUGGCAUGCUGGUCUCCGCUGGAACGUUCCUCUAUGUGGCUACUGUGCAUGUACUACCUGAGGUUAACAGCAGGGGGCAGCAGAGGACCACCCAUUUCCACCACCAUGCAGGCUCAGGGCCCUACCAGCAGGGGGCGUUGGGUGUUCUGGAAAGCAUCACCCUGAUCACCGGAGCUGCUCUGCCUGUCCUUCUGGCUCUCGGGCUGCCUGACGACUGACCGACCCUCACAGACUGUUACGCUGCCAAAGAUGAUUUCUGGAACAGAACUGUAAACACAUUUUAAGCUUUAUGGCUAUUUAUGAUUCAUCAUUCGUUUUUGUUUACGAUUAACGAGACUUCCCAGUCCUCAAACGGCACCACAGUCAGCAAUGAUUCUGUAUUUUCAUUUAUCAAACUUUGUUUUUAAACAAUUCAUCCCCUUGGAAUUAUAAGGUUCUGUCUAAGGUUCUGAGCAGUUUUGAGAUACUGAGCUUCAAAGAUUCUGUAUUCCGGAUAGCAGAACUGAUCUGUGAAGACGUCCCUUCAUAUCAAAAUCCUGUCAAAUCUGUAAAUGAGUUUUGGAACAGCUGAAAUGCAGGUAGAACUUUCUAACCCUAGAACUCACUUUCUAAGGUUCCAUCUGACAGAACAUGAAAAGAAGCAACGAUUUUCAAGGAACGUAAUUUUAAUUAUCAUAAGUGUUGUAACAGAGCGUCUAUCAGAAAGUUCAAUUUAAUGCUUUCUAUGACAUUUUUAUGGCAUUUCUUUUUAUUAUUUAUUUAUUUUUUAUCACAUUUGUUUCUUGUUUUAGUCUUUUAAUCUUUUUCUUAUUCAAAAAAGCGCUGCAGAUUAUCGCAGCGGUCAGAACAAAACCUCGUAUCUCAAUUUUUGUCAUUUUUCAUUUUCUGACCUGAUUAAAAAAUACCUGUCGUCCUUUAUAUUGUGUGUAAAUUUUAUGAUAGGUGGACCAAAGGAAACAACGCAAAACGAUGUAGAAAAAUGUCUGGUUCCAUUGACUUACAUUCAAAGUGAAUUAUGUUUUUUCUUUCUGAAAAAUGACGUAGAAAAAUGUCUUAUUUUGGGAGAAAGAAGAAAAAGAAAAGAUGGAUGAAUGAAAAUGUUUAUGUUGUAAUUAAAACCCCAUCAAUUCAAAUGUUUACUAUUUAAUGACCUUUAAGCCUUAAUAUUUAUAAAAUUUAAGACAGUAAGAGUUUUUAAUGAGCUGUAAGACGACAGGCAGAGUUUCAGCAACGUUUUCGUGUUUCAUAAAGUUUUACAAACUUUUCCCGCAGUCACUGAGCAAAGCGGCAACAUGACAAAGAAGCAGAACCUGAUUGGUCCUCUUGUGUAUAUUCAAAGAGCUGAUUGGCUCGCAGAGUCCAAAAAUGCAUAAAACUUAAAAAAAGACCUCACAUAAUGUGAAGAAGUCACACAAUAAGAAAAUGUGAAAAACUCAAUUUUGACAAAAAUGUCAGAACCUUCUAAUUCCAAGGGGGUGAUAUAUUAUUACAUAUGUGUGAGCCAUAAUGUUCAAGUUUAAAUGCAGAUAUUAAAGCCAUAUGCAGUAUGCAAUAUUCCCUGCAGGACAGUAAUAGCACAUAGCUGUUUAUCAUUUCAGCACGGUGGCGCAGUGGGUAGCGCUGUCGCCUCACAGCAAGAAUGGCCUGGGUUCGAUUCCCGGCCGGGUGACCAGGGUCGUUUCUGUGUGGAGUUUGCCUGUUCUCCCCGUGUCUGUGUGGGUUUCCUCCGGGUACUCCGGUUUCCUCCCACAGUCCAAAGACAUGCAGUCAGGCUAAUUGGACAUGCUAAAUUGCCCCUAGGUGUGACUGUGUAUGUCUGUCCGUCUGCCCUGCGAUGGACUGGCGACCUGUCCAGGGUGUAUCCUGCCUUCCGCCCAAUGACAGCUGGGAUAGGCUCCAGCACCCCACCGCGACCCAGAAGGAUAAGCGGUUUAGAUGAUGUAUAUAUGUAUGUAUGUAUGUUUAUCAUUUCAGACCUCACAGAUCAAAUUCACUCACAUAUUUCAAACAAGUGAAUAAAAAGUCAUUCUGUGUGGCUCAGUCUACAAU